AUUUUAGCUUGAUCAAAGUAUCAGACUUGAUUCUCUUGAAUCAUGUAGGCCAGCCGGUAGGAGGAAAUAUGUCUCGUCCUGCUAAUGCAGCGGGCUUCCAAAUCCAUGGCGUCCUCCAUAAAUUAUAUCCUCACGUCAAUGCGGCAUGCCACACUCACUCCAAGUAUGGCAAGGCAUGGUCAACAUUUGCCAAGCCUCUAGACAUGAUCAACCAAGACGUGACCAUGUUCCAUAACGAGGCGCAGGCCGUGUAUCCAGAAUUUGGAGGCGUGGUACUUGAAGAAGAAGAAAGUCAUCGACUAGGAAACUCACUUGGGCCCAAUGGCAAACUUCUCAUUCUUCGUAACCACGGACUGUUGACCGUUGGGCAGACAGUGGAUGAAGCGGCAUAUUUGUUCACGCUUGCUGAGAAAAGCUGCGAGAUCCAGCUCCAGGUUGAUGCUGCCGCCGCAGGGGGGCUGGAGAAGAAGAUUAUUGAGCCAGACGCUGCCGCAUACACUUUUAAAAUGACCAGUGACCCGGAGGCGCUUUAUCACGAAUUCCAACCGGAUUAUGAAGCCGAACUUGAGUUAUCAAACGGUGGCUUCCUGCGUUGAUUUGAGAAAGACAGAGGGCCCAAGACUUAUGGCUUCAUGUAUUUAUCGUUUCAUGAUUAUGAUGAUUUGAUUGAAAUCGUUACGCGUAAAAAAG